CCAGAAAAAAUGAGGCUGGAAAUGGGCUGGCAAGUGGGGCUGGGUUUCUUCCUGCUGGUGAAGGGCACCAUGGCCUCAGCCCAGGCCUCGGGCUUCUCCCAUGGGAGACAGUGGUCACCUAGGGCCAGUGUGCCUGGCUGCUUGGCCCCUGACCCCAGGGCUUUCGGGUCACUCUCCUCCACCUGGUGUGGCCUGGCUGGCAGCAGGGAGGCUCUCAUCUGGGCAGACAGACCUGGGCAGAGGUAGCCCCCACACAUAGGCACAGACGUGGGCCACCAGACACAGGCCGCCGGUGCCACACUAACCACACACCAGUGCAGUUACACGCAUGUGCACACACAGGCGAACUGGGUGCCUGCAGAGAGGCAGUGAGGGGAUGCCCUCGCUUGGCCGCUCGUGGGGGGCAGGCAUCCUGGGUAUUCUGGUUCCCGUGCGAUGACACGCAGUGUGCCCUGGGUGAACACCGUCUGUGGUCUGGGAGGAGGAUGGGUGUAUAUGGGUGGCCUCCUCGGUGGGGACUUGGCAGGGACAGCCUCUCCCCUGGGCUCCUGGUGCCCCCACCUGCCUUGGCCGCAACUCCUAGCCAGUCCCCUCCCCCGACCAAGCUCUCUGACUGCCCUCCAGGCCCCCCAAGGAUGGCAGACAAGGUAGUCCCACGGCAGGUGGCCCGGCUGGGCCGCACCGUUCGGCUGCAGUGCCCUGUGGAGGGGGACCCGCCGCCACUGACCAUGUGGACCAAGGAUGGCCGGACGGUCCAUGGCGGCUGGAGCCGCUUCCGAGUGCUGCCACAGGGGCUGAAGGUCAAGGAGGUGGAGCGGGAGGACGCCGGCGCCUACGUGUGCAAGGCCACCAAUGGCUUCGGCAGCCUCAGCGUCAACUACACCCUCAUCGUGAUGGCUCGGCCCCGCUUCACACAGCCCUCCAAGAUGAGGCGCCGGGUGAUUGCACGGCCCGUGGGCAGCUCCGUGCGGCUCAAGUGCGUCGCCAGCGGGCAUCCACGGCCGGACAUCAUGUGGAUGAAGGAUGACCAGGCCUUGACGCGCCCCGAGGCUGGAGAGCACAGGAAGAAGUGGACGCUGAGCCUGAAGAACCUGCGUCCGGAAGACAGCGGCAAGUAUACCUGCCGUGUGUCGAACCGCGCCGGUGCCAUCAACGCCACCUACAAGGUGGACGUGAUCCAGCGGACACGCUCCAAGCCUGUCCUCACGGGCACACAUCCGGUGAACACGACGGUGGACUUUGGGGGCACAACGUCCUUCCAGUGCAAAGUGCGCAGCGACGUGAAGCCGGUGAUCCAGUGGCUGAAACGUGUGGAGUAUGGAGCCGAGGGCCGCUAUAACUCCACCAUCGAUGUGGGUGGCCAGAAGUUCGUGGUGCUGCCCACGGGCGACGUGUGGUCGCGGCCCGAUGGCUCCUACCUCAACAAGCUGCUCAUCACUCGCGCCCGCCAGGACGAUGCGGGCAUGUACAUCUGCCUGGGCGCCAACACCAUGGGCUACAGCUUCCGCAGCGCCUUCCUCACGGUGCUUCCUGACCCAAAGCCGCCAGGGCCACCAGUGGCCCCCUCAUCCUCGACCACUAGCCUCCCAUGGCCGGUGGUCAUUGGCAUCCCAGCCGGCGCCGUUUUCAUCCUGGGCACUGUGCUCCUGUGGCUCUGCCAGGCCAAGAAGAAGCCGUGUGCUCCCACGCCUGCCCCUCCCGUGCCGGGACACCGUGCUCCCAUGACGGCUCGUGACCGCAGCGGGGACAAGGACCUGCCCGCCCCCACCACCCUCACCGCCACCUCUGGUGUGGGGCUUUGUGAGGACCUCGGGCCCCCGGCAGCCCCUCAGCAUCUGCUGGGCCUGGGCUCAGCUGCUGGCCCCAAGCUUUACCCCAAACUCUACACUGACACGCUCACUCACACGCACUCACACACACACUCACAUGUGGAGGGCAAGGUCCACCAGCAUCAGCACAUCCACUACCAGUGCUAGAGGGUGCAGCUUUCCGACGCCCGCCCACCAGAGCUCCGGGUGCCUGGGAUGGGCUGGAGGGGGCCCAGGCUGGGGCGAGAGGGCCACUGAGGGAGAUGGACCACAGGUGAGAGGUGCCCCGAGUGAGGCACACACACACACACAGACGCACAUACAUGCACGACAUACCUCUGGACACACACACGGAGUCACACACACACACACACACACACACACACACAGUCACACACACACUCUCAGACUAAGCAGCCCUUGGGAAGGUCUGUGUUGUAAUUUGCAGUGCGCAUGUAGCAAUGGGCUAGCUCAUGAAGGAAUCCCUUGGCCCCGUGGGAAGGAUUUCAUAGGGGCCAUGAUCACCCCCCAACCCCGGCCUGGCAGGAGAUCUGAGAGGCACCCUGGCUUUGUGAACCAAACACUCCGACCCCUUCCCUACGCCUGCCCGCCUGUGUCCCUGCCCCGGCUAUUUUUGCCACCACCUGUCCGGGUGUCCAGGAGUCCACCAGUACCCUGGGCAGGGGGGGUCACAUGUAGCAGUCCAGGGCCCUGCCCAGAGAGGCUGGAGCCGGCUGGGGGUGGCUCCUGCCCCACCCGGCCUCCCACUGCCAGAGGGAAGGGGCCCUUGAUAUUUAUAUUUAAGAAAUUGAGAUAAUAUUAAUAAUGAUGAGAGGAGGGUGUGGCCGCAGAGAUUCGGCCUCUCCUGGGGCCCAGGGCCCGCCUAGCCCUGUGGCCACACUGAUGUCCACCCGGGACCGGGCACCCAUCACCCUACUCCCUGUGGUGGCCCCAGACCUCUGUAAUUUUAUAUAGAGUUUGAGCUGAAGCUUCGUAUAUUUAAUUUAUUUUGUUAAACAAGAAAAUGUGCAUCCUUUCUCUCUAA